UACUAAAUCAAUUUGAAUAAUUCAAAGUAAUUGUGGCAACGUAGCUCACAAUGCAACAAACCAACUGAAUCUGUUUGUGUGAUAAACAGCACGAAAUUAACGAAUAACUUGGAAACAGGCAGUAAUAUAAAACCGAAACCAUGUCUGGGGCAGUAUACCAACCUACAACAGUGCAAUAUGAAUCGAAUGGCCAUCAGGAAAGGUGGCAAGAUAGACCGAUCAGCUAUUUGGCCUCUACAGUUUCACAAACAGCAAGGAGACCAUGCGGGAUAAACUGCCUGCCAUCCAGAAACGUUCUACCCAUUAUCCUGAUCACAUCUUGUGUAGCAUGCUUCUCUUUAGGUUUGGUGAUGUUGAUUCAUGGAGCAGUCGGUUACUCUGACAAUCCAGAGGACAAAGAAGGCGUGUAUCUCGCUGUGACAAUAUUCGGGGCAGUUUUCUUUGCAUUGUCCAUACUUCUAUUUGUGUUCUUCUUACGACUUACGAGAAGAAUGUGUUGGAGGAACAUAAAAGAUCAUUUGAAUUCGUCCGGGGGCCAAAAUCUCACAGUGAAUCCGUCGACGGAUCUGCUGGUCGCAGCCCAAUAUGCCCCCGUUUCCGAGGUCGCCUAUCAACCGACUCCAGAAGACAGUGAACAAAGCAAACUGAUGCCACAUGAAAACAAGGACAUUACGAAUGAGGAAGCAGACAGGAUGGUUGAGAGGGAUCCAAGGAUUGUGUUGCGUCCAUUGAAUCCCGUCGCUCACGAAGAGACUUAAUUAAACAAGAAGUACCUAAAAGUAGGUUUAGUUGUUAAGUACAUGCUGUAUUAAGUUAUAAGAAAUGUAUUUUGUAUACAGAUCGAAUUGUCCAUGAAUCUCGGUAGUUGCAAUUUGGGGAAUUUUAAAGUCAUAUCAUUAUUAGUGGUUUAAUUCAAUUAAUUCAGCUGUGAGAGUUAAAAUAAAAUGCUUCCGCGCGAACUAUAUCAAAACAAUUCUGCUUAGUGUCUUGUAACUAUUCAAAUAAUAUUUUUAUAAGUAGUACCUCCCUUCAAUCUAAGUGUUAGGGUAAGUUAAGGCAAAUACAAGAGUGAGACUGACUUGUACUCAAAAACAGUAUUACCAGAAGCGAACAUUCCUGUUACUUUUUUUGGGCGCUUGUCAAGUGGGUCAUUUUACUUAAAUUGCAACGUUCUUGAAUUACUAUGCAGGUCGUAGUAAAUUAAAGAAACCAUGCACGUAGUAAAUCCACAUAAAAAAGUAUAUUUUAGUAAACUAAACUUGCAAAAAUUUAGGGAGUUCUUUAUUGUUAAGGAAUUUCAGUUUAGGCCAAAACAUGUACUUAAUGGCAAAGUAUAAUUUGAUUGUGAUUCUUUGACUCAAUAUAAUUGGUUGUACUGUGUUUUAAACACAUCAAGAGACUUAUUUUGAGAUUAUGACUGGUCGAAAAUUAUCCCUCCGAAACAUGUUUUACGUCCAGGUAGUUUUAGGUUUAACAAACAUUCCUGCUUUUGACUGUAAUUUAUUUAUAUUAUUGUAGAGGAUGAAAUACUUAUGCAUUUAAAUAUAUGGAAUUGUUUCAUUACCAUUUUGUAGUUUCAACCAAAGUUGGCGAUUCUGUAUGUUUGGAUGCUGAUUAUUUAGAUAUGUAAUUUAUAUAUUUAUGUUUUGUACUUUUGUAACAUUAUUUAAUCUUGCAAUUUAAUUAUUUAAAAUUUUUAUGUAUAUUAAUUCACACUACUUAAUAAACAAUUUAAGCGCA